CUCGUGAAGGAGCAGGGGAGGUAAACUGUAAGGGAGUGAGUAGUGAAGAUCACUAUUAAAACCUCAUUCUCUCUCACAUUCAUUCUUUGCUUCCUCCUUUAAUAUCACGAGAUCCCCAUCUUUCCUUUCUUUUUCUUUUCUUUCUCUCCUUCAUGUUUUCUUCACAAACUCUCUCUUCUUCUACUUUCACUGUAUUCUUAUAGAGAGAAACAACGAACCGAACCGAACCAAACCUGAGUGUCUGUUUAAUCUAUAAUGUCACAUUCAAAGAAAUCCUUACAAGACAUAAACUUUGAUUCUCUAACCAACCGAUUCGCUGACUCACUCACCUUUAAUGACGACAACAACAAGCCAGAUUUCAAAGAGCUCGAUCUGGGUUCGCCGGUUUCACCUUUGUUAACCCGUGGCUCUGUUAGUAACGCCAAUGGUGUCACUACAUCAACCAGCAGCUCCAGCUCCUCUGGUUCAGCCUCAGGCAAAAGCAAUACCAAUACCACCCCUCAAUUGCCUAAAAACAAAACAAAAAAUCACUCCGGCGAGCUCUCGGGCUCACCCGGAUCCGGCCCUACUCCACGUAACUUGAAACCGGGUCACCGGAGAUCAGUCUCUGCUGGUCCACCAUUGAUCUAUUCUGGUUCCAGUUUCAGUACAGUGAGCAGUAGUGCCAGUAUCUAUAACGGAAAUGGAGCACAUUCAGUUUCUUCAAAUCCCAACGCCGCAAGUGUGCUCCCAAGUGGCAACAUUUGUCCAUCUGGGAAGAUCCUCAAAACUGGCAUGGCUUGUCGUGUCUCUACCCGAACUGACACGUUGGGUACGGGCACGGGAAACUAUGGACACGGCAGCAUAAUGCGCGGUCAUAGCAAUAAUAAUAACAAUAAUCAUAAUUAUAAUAAUGCGAAAUUAAGUAAUGUAGUGGAUGCAGAGGAGGUGAAGAGGGCGGGCAAUGAGAUGUAUAAAAGAGGUAAUUUUGUUGAGGCUUUGAAGUUGUACGAUAAGGCCAUAUCCAUGUCGCCUGAAAACGCCGCGUAUAGGAGUAACCGGGCGGCGGCUUUGACGGCAAUGGGGAGGUUGAGUGAGGCUGUUUCGGAAUGUGAGGAGGCUGUGAGAUUGGACCCUGCUUAUAUGAGGGCUCACCAGAGGCUGGCUUCUCUUUAUCUUAGAUUAGGGCAGGUUGAGAAUGUCCGACGUCACCUCUUUUUCCCUGGGCAACACCCGGAUCCUGCUGAGUUGCAUAAGUUGCAAUCAUUUGAGAAGCAUCUAAAUCGAUGUGCAGAUAGCAGGAAGAUUGGCGAUUGGAAGAGCGUUGUCAGGGAAACUGAUGCAGCGAUGGCAAUUGGAGUAGACUCCUCUCCUCAGCUUGUUGCAUGCAAAGCUGAAGCCCUGUUGAAACUCCACCAAAUUGAAGAUGCAGACUUUUGCCUGUCAAACAUGCCCAGAUUUGAACAUUAUCCUCCUACAUCACAAGUCAAGUUCUUUGGUAUGGUUGCAGAAGCUUACGUGCUCUAUGUCCGAGCACAGGUUGAGAUGGCACUGGGAAGAUUUGAGAAUGCAGUUUCCGCCACAGAGAAAGCUGAACUUAUUGAUUGCAACAAUUUAGAUAUUGCAACAUUGUUAAAGAAUGUGAAAAUGGUGGCAAGGGCUCGUACUCGUGGUAAUGAUCUUUUCAGUUCUGGAAGAUAUGCAGAAGCCUGCUCAGCUUAUGGGGAAGGCCUCAAGUAUGAUACUUGCAACUCUGUUCUCUAUUGUAACAGAGCAGUUUGUUGGUCCAAGCUUGGGUUUUAUGAAAAAUCCAUAGAGGACUGCAAUGAAGCCCUAAAAAUUCAACCAAAUUACACAAAGGCUCUUCUUCGCAGGGCUGCCUCGAAUGGAAAGCUUGGGCGGUGGUCAGAAGCUGUCAGAGAUUAUGAGGUGUUGAGGAAAGAACUUCCUGGAGAUAAUGAGUUUGCUGAAUAUCUGCACCAUGCACAGAUUGCAUUGAGGAAAUCUAGCGGUGAGUUCACAAAUAAUAUGAAAUUGGGUGGUGAGGUAGAAGAGGUUUCAAGCUUAGAAAACUUUAAAGCUGCAAUAUCAUCACCUGGUGUUUCCAUAGUUCAUUUUAAAGUAGAGUCCAGUGAAAAAUGUGAAGAAAUAUCCCCAUUCGUAAAUACACUCUGCAUCCGAUAUCCAUUGGUGCAUUUCUUUAAGGUGGAUGUCGAGGAGAGCUUGGCAGUAGCGAAAGCGGAGGGAAUAAGAACCAUUCCAACUUUUAAGAUUUACAAGAAUGGGGAUAAGGUGAAGGAGAUGAUCUGUCCAAGCCAUCAAAUCUUGGAGGAAUCAGUGAGAAGUUAUAGUCUAUAGAAUACAUAUUCAUUCAUGUUUUGUGAUGGCUCAAGUCCCCACAUCCAAUGGUAAUUUUCCAGUGAAUUUAUUCAUCAAUUCAAUAUUCAUACUAGGACUACCAAUUUUUACCUGUGACAUAAUCAUGCUAUAUAAUAGUUUCAGGAGUUUCAAGGCAAUGAAAAACUAAAAGAGAGAAAAUAGCUCCUUUAGUUCACAUUUGAAAUUAUUUAUUCUUUUCUUUAUAUAUAUAAAUAUAUAUACUUUCUGCUUUAAUCCUUCAAUUUUAAAGCCAUUAUUAGCUCUCUUUUUUUUUUCCUUCACCUUUCU